GACCUCGCUAACACUGUUUGACCUCACACGACCUCUUUGGCUUUGACUCCUUUGGCCUCGGAAUAAUUCAUGUAUAAAUACAAGCUUCAAUGGCUGCCGUCUUCCAAAACCAAUCCUCUAUUCUACGCAACAAUUACCUGACUUCUAACCCUCGACUGUUGCUACAAUGUGUCUCUACGUCGACAGAAUGUAUCGCUACACCGAAUGCGGUCACGAGAUAUUGCUUCCUUACUGUAUUGGCGUCCACCUCUGCAAGCCGGAAGCCGACCGUCUCACUCAUAACGAGAGCCAUGGACCGGAUGCUCAAAUCCCCCCUUCCAAAGACUCUGCAGUACAUUCUCGUCGCAGAGUCGAAGUGAAAACACUGGGCGGUCUUUGCGCAAUGUGCCAAUACUGCCUGGUUGAAAUGCACAACUUCGCACAUAACGAGGCACCUUUCCCUGGCGCACGCAGUUUCCCGUUACCUUGGAUGCAGUCUUACCAUGGAAUCAUGCCUGCCGCAUACCCUCCACCUCCCGGACAUAAUCAUACCCCGCCUUCUCAGGAUGUCCAAGCACUUCAUCCGGACCACUUUCCUCGACAACAAGGUUUUGACGUGAACAACCUUCAUAAGCAGAUGCUUGAGGAACACGCCCAGCAUGAGGAACAACUUGGACGAAGGCAGGUGCAGCAGGAAAUAGUACCUUCGCAAGUGCAAGUGCCUCCAAUGGCCUCUCUUAAACCGCCCCAGUUUGCCCAGGCUCGACGGAUGGGACCCGCAUAUUCUGCAGCUCAUGUUCGCGCCCCUCAAGGAUAUCAGGAUCAAGGCCUGAAUGUGGAGCCUCAGUGGCAGUCCUCUACCGGUAGGGAAGCUCAAGAAUUCACGGACAAUGACGAGCAUCCCACCCAACCUCUGAGUUGGGUGCGAUCGAGGAGAACCCAUGGCUACGUGCACUACGGAAACGGGGACAGUGCUCGUUCGCAAGGCUCAUCCAGAGAGGCUAGCACAUGGUCGUCCGAGUCUGAUUAUUACACUGAAGACUAGAUCAUAGCAAGGGGCAUAUUUGUGAAUUUGCAUUAAAUAUCUUGUCUCUUUCUCUUUUUAUGUGUCCAUGUGGAUACGCUCAAUCAUUGGACAGUAGGCUGAAGUCUAUCCGCCAUGCUAUUUAUACUACUGCUCGCUUUAUACUAGAAACAUAAGCUUGUACUGUAGACUGUCCUGGAUUUGGAGAAGUGCAAUACUUAUUCUCCACAACAUAUCACAUUAUCCGUCUGCAACUACCAGUCUCCAGGUCUCGUUGGCCUCGAUUUAAACAUAAAAUUGCUUUUGCGGG